GCCAGGGCCUGACUAAACCUGGAGACUCGGGUGGCCGAGGGGCUUCAUCCCAGCUGAGGAGCGAGGAUCCGCUUACGGCCGCGGAUCUCACAGUCGCUCCGGGUCUCCUUGACAGAUGGAAAACCUGAAGUAACCUCAGGCUAGCUAACCUUGUGUUUUUGGGAAACUAGACUUGCUGGUGAAAUCCCUGGGGGUAAUAGGAUCUUAGCUCACUUUGCAUGGCCGCGUGUACAGUGUUGCAGCAGCGUUCCAACACGGACGAACCAAAAUACACGAAGUGUUCCCAGGGGGAACUAAGGAAAUUGGAUUUUUAGAAGAUGGCUUUUUCUAAAAAGGUUUUUAGAACUUCAGCUAUAAAAAUGGGCAGAAUUUUCCUUGAUCAUAUCGGUGGUACCCGUCUGUUUUCUUGUGCAAACUGCGACACAAUCCUGACCAACCGCUCAGAACUCAUCUCUACUCGGUUCACAGGCGCCACUGGCAGAGCGUUUCUUUUUAAUAAGGUAGUUAACCUGCAGUACAGUGAAGUCCAAGACCGGGUCAUGCUCACGGGCCGCCACAUGGUUCGCGAUGUGAGCUGCAAGAACUGCAAUAGCAAACUGGGAUGGAUCUACGAGUUUGCCACCGAAGACAGCCAGCGCUAUAAGGAAGGCCGCGUGAUCCUGGAGCGCGCCCUAGUACGAGAGAGUGAGGGCUUCGAGGAGCACGUACCGUCUGAUAACUCUUGAAGAAAAAGAGAUCACUCCAUCUUUUCCCAGGUCUCCUUCACUGAAAACAAAAAUCUACUUACAUACACUGUCACCUUAGCAUCAGGUCGGAUUCAUGAACUGCAGAACAAGAGGUUGUGAGAAUCUAAGAUGGAACUUUCCUUUCUUUCUUUCUUCCUUUUUUCUUUUUUUUAAAUUUUCAGUUUUCCAUCCAGCAUCAGUGUGUAGAGAGAAUAUUAUGCAGAUGCCGUUAAUUUUUUUUUUUUUCCCUGUGUUUACAUCUUGAGGCAGAAUAGUCUGUCUGCAGCUACGUGAUGGGCUAUGUGAGGGGAAAAAAUUCUGGGCUAUUAGAGUGAAAAAGUGUGUUUUAUGUAAAAUUUGAAAGGAAAAUGUGUCAAGAGCAUGGUUUUUAAACUUAUUUGGGCUUCAUUUAAAAAAAUGUUUUUUUAAAACCAGUUAUUUCACCUGAUUUGCUAGCUUCAGGGAAGAGAUCCGAAUUUGUGACCAGCGCUAAAGGUUCAGUGUUAGUAUGGCUUGUGCUGGCCGCUGUGCCAUAUUCUUGUUGGAGAUGAACCGUAGCACCAGAGCCCAUCCUUCCUUGUCAGUCUUGACCCAAAGAUGUCACCAUUCCUAGUUAUUUGUCACCACAUAAUUGGUGUUGAUUGGAAACUUUUCCUGAAACGGGGCAGAACUGCUUGGUUGUCUUUUCCAUGUAACUUAAGCAUAGUAAUAUAAAUAAAGUAAUAGUUGGAUGUUUUUGGUCCUGUGUUGCUUUUAAAAACACCUUCUAAAAGAAGAGUGGAGUAUUUGAUAAGUAAUUUUCAUGGUAGUGUUUCUUUUCCGCUCUCAAGCUAAAUUGUGUAGAAAAGAUGACUUUGUUUAAAUUAAAGCAUACUGUUUUAAACCCAUAGUACUGCAUUUAGAAAAGAGUUGAACAGAAUGUCAGUGUGUGUUCAUGCAGAAAGCAUUUCAUCUGCAUCUGUUUUAGAAGAAGGGGGAAAAUGAAGGAGACUAUCUAAAAAUAAGGCUUUGCAGAGUGUUUUCAGCCUCUCCUCAGUUUUGUGUUGAUUUUGACAAGUCUGUAGAACCUAAUAGUUUCAUCAAAGGACUAGAUCUGUCAUUAGCAUUAUUUUCUCAGAUCUUCCCCCAGAAAUUCAGCUAUUGAAGUUAAAACUGUACUUGGUCCCUUGAGGGAUCAGAUUUGCCUCAGGGUGUUAUUUUAGCCCCAAACUUACAACAUUAUGAAGUAUUAAAAUAUAAAUGUUUCUUUAUCCAAACUAUUUCUAGAUAUUCUAAUACUUGUUUCUGGUGGAAUAAAUGACAUUAAAAUUGGCUAAUUAUUUAAAUGUAUGAAUGGAUGUUUGAGUGCUCAGUCUCUAGGUCUUUGUCUAGAAAGGAUGUUUGCCUCAACUAGCAAAAUCUUUCUGUCAUUGAUAUUAGAAGUGACUUCUGAGUACAGUUAAGAUUAAGUUUCUCUUUGCCUUCAGCUCUUGGUUAGAGGCAUAGGUCUCUGAUUAAGUAGGUGUAUAAUAUUGCAUUUGAGAUAAGUGGACACAAAUGAUCUUUCCUUCACCAUGGAAUAAAACUUCAAGCUUUAAGAAACAGCUUUCAUUCCCAUUCAUUUCCAUACUGGCCUUUGAUUAUUUGCAGAUCCCUGGUAGCAUGCCAUAUCUGCAGCACUAUGUGCAUUUGCUGUCACAAUAAAGUAUAUUUUGUCUUGCA